CUGGGGUUGGGCUAGGUUCCGUCUCCGGCGUCCGUCCGGCCUUGCUCCGCCUUUUCCCCAGAAGGAAUUCAGGGAGACGGCAGCUGCAGCCACGCUAUCCAGGCCGGCCAGGAGUCCCUGCAACUGAGUAGAAUAAUGGCUUCCAACACAGAGCGCACAUUCAUUGCCAUCAAACCUGAUGGAGUUCAGCGGGGAUUAACAGGUGAAAUCAUCAAGCGAUUUGAACAGAAGGGCUUCCGUCUAGUGGCUAUGAAAUUUGUGCAUGCUUCUGAAGAGCUUCUCAAACAGCACUAUAUUGACUUGAAAGACAGGCCGUUCUACCCUGGUUUGGUUAAAUAUAUGAAUUCUGGGCCUGUAGUAGCCAUGGUUUGGGAAGGACUGAAUGUGGUGAAGACAGGGAGAGUAAUGUUGGGGGAAACUAACCCAGCAGAUUCCAAGCCUGGCACUAUCCGUGGCGACUUCUGCAUUCAAGUGGGCAGGAACAUCAUUCAUGGGAGUGACUCUGUGGAAAGUGCUCAAAAAGAGAUCAACUUGUGGUUUAAGCCUGCGGAACUUGUGAACUUCAAAUCUUGUGCUCAUGAUUGGGUUUAUGAAUAGAAUAGUCCUUAUGAUUUGUGCCUUCUUCCAACAAAGCAUCUCAUUCCACCCACCUACUGACCUGGGAGCAAUUAUUACGGUUACCUUUGUGAUUACUGGCACUAAGAAAUAAAGUAUCAUGAACUACUAA